AUGGAAGUAGCCAUACGUCGAAUGCGGUCCGAAGACAUACCGCAGGUCAUUGAGAUAGAGCAAGAAGCUUUUUCUCCGGGGUGGAUUGGCACGCCUUUCCGCCGCGAGUUGAACAGCCGUUACUGCCGUUUUCUGGUUGCGUACCUGCUUAACGAACCCGAAGAGACCCCACUCGACGAUCACAUUCCCGCCGAUGAACAACCUGCCGACGCCUCCCUGUGGGCACGAAUGGCGCAGGGAGUAAAAGCGGUUUUUGGCGCCCGCGACGAACUCGCUGUUGAUACUUUGGCCGGUUACGUCGGAGUCUGGCUGCAGGGCGACCAGGCUCACAUCACCGAAAUCGCUGUGCGCGAAAGCCUGCGCGGCCAGGGCAUCGGCGAGUUGUUGAUCAUCGGUACCGUAAGGGUGGCCUUCGAACAGGGGAUGGACGAGGUGACCCUUGAAGCAAGGGUAUCCAACUUCGUGGCGCGACGCCUCUACGAUAAGUACGGAUUCAACGAGGCGGGUAUCCGCAAAAACUACUACGCCGACAACCGGGAGGAUGCGGUCAUCAUGACCACCGACCACAUCCAUACCCGUUCGUAUCGCGACAAGUUCGACGACUUGCAAACGCGUUUCCUGGAGCGAUACGGGGAUAUCAAUAUCGAACCAUAG